AUGGCAACAUCACGCAUAAGCACUAGUACAACGUUAUCAUCAAGUAAAAAUGAACGUCGUCAAGUACAAGCACGUAUUCGUGCACUUCAACAACGAACUAAUGCUUUAUAUGAAGAAUUAUCUCGUUCAUCAUCUGUGGCUAAUACAGCUGUUCAUGAUGUUGAACAAGCUUAUAUGAUGAUUACAAAAGAAUUUCAAGAACAACGUGAUCAACUCUUAAGACGUAUUCAUCAUAUUAAACGAAAUAUUCAACAUUCAACAAAUGAACUUGAUGGUAUACGUAAACAUUUACGUUCAACGGAAUCAUUUCGUUUACCACAAAAUUCACCAAGACAAUCAACUGAUAUUGAAGUACAUGAAAUGAAUGCUAUGGUUGAUGAUAUUGAACGUAUGCUUAGUAGCAUAGCACAACAACUUAAACAGGUAGAUAUAUAUAUAUCUUAA